AUGGUUUGCAAAGAGAAACAAGCUUUCCCACAAACGGCGCCAAUUGAUGAGUAUGCUGAGAUUACGAUCCGAACAGAGCUCCCGUUGCUUGAGAAAAGGGGUAAGGAUCAGAUGUUAUGCAGAAGGAUUGGAUGCUUUGAUUUAGGAGAUGAAAAAUUCAAGAAUUUGGAACUACCUAAGUUUACUGGGCAUAUGCUACAUGUUGGGGUUUUAGAAAGGUUUCUUUGUUUGGUUUGUAGUCACUAUGAAUCUAGCCCUGGAGCAUGGACAAUAUGGGUGAUGAAAGAGCAUGGUGUCAUAAGUUCUUGGGCUAAAGUGGCCAACAUUCCAAUUCUAUUCAAAACUCCUUUUGUGGUUCCAUUGUGCAUUAACAAAAAUGGAGAAGUUGUGUUGCAAAUGGGUCACAAGAAAGUUGUCAAGUUUAAUUCCAAGAAGAAUAAGUUUGAUGUUCUUGUGCACAAAAAUUUUGAGAUCGAAACAGCUCUGUAUAUUGAGAGCAAUUUGUCACCCUACACUAAUCCCAAAAGAAAGGCAACCGCCAAGGCCAGAGAGAUACUCAAGAGAGUGGAGCUGUAA